CAUCAAGCCGUAUGAAGCAUCUAAAUGUAACCACUUUGGAUGAAACAUCCAGUGAAGAUGUAGUAUCACUUAGACUUGAAUUGGAAAAACUUCAAAAGCAUGUCCAGAAGCAAGAUGAUACUAUACUAGAUUUGCAACAUACCGUGGAGCGACAGAAAAGGCAACAUGGCUAUCCAGAUGCUCCUUUAUCGCCACCAACAGAUGUUCGUCCUGCUAUGAAACGACAACGAAUUUAUUGUCAACUUCGUAGUGAAGAUUCUAGUAUGUUUGGUGAACGGAAUAACACAAUGGAGGAUAAAAACGAAGAUGAUGAGUACGAGGAACUGCACUCACACUACAAAUGUUCUAAAAUUUAGGAUAAGA